AUGGCUUCAACAUUCCUCUCAUAUCCUUCACCUCAUCUUCUACACAAUAAUCACUUUCAAACCAAAAAGCACUUCUCCAUAAAAUGCACAACUUCUUCUUCACCAGAAUUUCCCACACCAGACCCUACAAACACUACAAUGAACAGUCCAGAAACAUUUCCACUAGAGAAAAGAAGAAGAUCAGAGAUAGUAAGACAAAGAAGGCCAAAAACGGACGUAGCAAAAUCCGAGCCACCGAACUUUGAAAUCGGUUGGAAGAGGACUAAAGAGAUAAACCUUGAGAAGCCUAUAGGGUAUGUGGUGGCUGAUUUUUUGGAGAAGUUGGAGGAACUUAUGAUGAGGAAGGAGUUUGGUUCAACAGAACUGUUGGCAAAGGUUGGUGAGAUUGUUGCUGAAAGGGCUAGAGAAGAAGCAGAAGUUUUGAGAGAUGAAGGGAAAGUUGAAGAGAGAAUGGUUGUUGAACUUUUUAGAGUUUUGAAGUUGAUGGAAAUGGAUUUGGCUAUGGUGAAAGCUGCUGUUAAGGAAGAUACUUUGGGGGAGAGGCUUGAUCAAGCUAAGGCUAGGUGCAGGUGGUUCGGGAUGUUGCAACAUUCUUAUAAUAUCGUCGGUUGA